AUGUCAGCCAGAAAGGGCUAUCUGCUCCCUUCGCCAAAUUAUCCCACAACAAUGUCAUGCUCGGAGAGCCCCGCCGCGAACUCUUUUUUGGUCGACUCACUCAUCAGCUCCGGCAGAGGCGAGGCUGGCGGCGGUGGCAGCGGCGCCGGGGGCGGCGGUGGCGGCGGCUACUACGCCCACGGCGGGGUCUACCUGCCACCGGCGGCCGACCUGCCCUACGGGCUGCAGAGCUGCGGGCUCUUCCCGGCUCUGGGAGGCAAGCGCAAUGAGGCGGCGUCGCCGGGCGGCGGCGGCGGCAGCGGGGGCCUGGGUCCUGGGGCACACAGCUACGCGCCCGCGCCUAUAGACCUGUGGCUAGACGCGCCCCGGUCGUGCCGGAUGGAGCAGCCCGAGGGGCCGCCGCCGCCGCCACCGCCCCAGCAACAGCCACCGCCCCCGCCGCAACCACCCCAACCCCCGCCGCAGGCCACCUCGUGCUCUUUCGCGCAGAACAUCAAAGAGGAGAGCUCCUACUGCCUCUACGACUCGGCGGACAAAUGCCCCAAAGGCUCCACCGCCGCAGCCGAGCUGGCUCCCUUCCCGCGAGGCCCGCCGCCCGACGGCUGCGCCCUGAGCACCUCCAGCGGGGUGCCAGUGCCCGGCUACUUCCGCCUCUCCCAGGCCUAUGGCACGGCCAAGGGUUACGGCAGCAGCGGCGGCGCACAGCAGCUCGGCGCCGGCCCGUUCCCCGCUCAGCCCCCCGGGCGCGGCUUCGACCCGCCACCCGCACUCGCCUCCGGCUCAGCGGAUGCAGCCCGGAAAGAGCGAGCCCUCGAUUCACCGCCGCCCCCCACGCUGACUUGCGGUGGCGGCGGCGGGGGCUCGCAGGGCGACGAGGAGGCGCACGCGUCGUCCUCGGCCGCGGAGGAGCUCUCCCCAGCCCCUUCCGAAAGCAGCAAAGCCUCGCCCGAGAAGGACUCCCUGGGCAAUUCCAAAGGCGAAAACGCAGCCAACUGGCUCACAGCAAAGAGCGGCAGGAAGAAGCGCUGCCCUUACACCAAGCACCAGACGCUGGAGCUGGAGAAGGAGUUUCUGUUCAACAUGUACCUUACUCGAGAGCGGCGCCUAGAGAUCAGCCGCAGCGUCCACCUCACGGACAGACAAGUUAAAAUCUGGUUUCAGAACCGCAGGAUGAAACUGAAGAAAAUGAACCGAGAAAACCGGAUCCGGGAGCUCACAGCCAAUUUUAAUUUUUCCUGA